AUGCAAGAUGAUGCAUUACACAAUGACCCACUGGCAGAGUCAACAACCACCGCUUCUACAGUUACGGACAAUAUGGUAACUACGAAUGACAAUGACAGCGACAUUGUACCAAGCGAUAACACGUCGUUAAGUACCAAUUACAUAUCCUUACCUGCCUCAAUAUCUCCGCCUAUAAAGACAUCCGGAACUCCAAACUAUGGGCCUUUUACUGUUGAAGGAAACUCAAACAAAUUGACUUCAAGUACACCUAGUAACCAAUACUCUCGCGCUGAUUUUAGCAACGUCGACAAUUCAGAAAAUGAGAAUGACCCCUCAGAUCCGAUGACAAACGAAUCAUUUUUUCAGAUGAUAUCUGACCAUUCUGUAUCGCAGGGCCAAGAAUCUAGUGAUAACAGUAUUGUUGAUAAUAAUAAAUUAAUUAAAUGGCUGAAUUUAAAUCAAAUAUGUUCGAUUGUUUCUGCAUAUGGAAACCCUACAUGUUUCAUUCCGACAAAACAGUUCAUUAUAAUCGGAACAUCUAAAGGCUUCGUGUUGAUCUUUAAUUUAAAAGAGCACCUUCAAUCAAUUUUAUUCCCUCACGUUGUCGAUACAAACUCGAAAACUUCAGAUAAUCAUAAUCCUGCUGUUGGCCUAAAGUCAUCUGUACAACUACUUUCAAUAUCACGGGAUGGUACCUAUUUGUCAGCAGCCUAUAAAUCCGGCGAUGUUUUUGUUUGGAAUUUAAAUCUGAACAUGGACUAUAAUCAGGAUGAUAAAAAUGAUAUACCUGGUGCUACUGAUGAUAAUAAACCGUUGGACCCAUUAUCUGCAGUCCUUCAUAUUAACUACCACAAGGGUAUCCGAAUCAAUGGACUGGCUUUCGUUUCAAAUAGACAUACUGGAUUAUUGGUCAGUGAUUCUUCUGGUAAAAUCGUAUUUCAUAGUGGACAUCGAAAUAAUUUCUGGAAACUAGUUUAUAACUCAAAGAUUCUAUGGCACCAGGAGAAUGAAAAUCUGUUAUCUUCGAAAAUGGUUUCGGUAUCCCAACGAUUCUCUUCAUCUUUCAAGGAUAAUAGCAAAUAUAAGAACAAUUUAAUUGCCACUUUGACCACUAAAUCCUUUAUAAUAAUUUCAACAAAUCCGCAUCCCUCCAUUUUAUUCAGAGAACGAAUUUUAUCCCAAAUUUCAACACCAAUUUAUAAUUAUUCUACAGAAUGGUCUCCUGAUAAAUCAAUGGUGGCAUAUUCGAUUAAUAAUCGCAUCAAUAUUUUCUUCUUAGGGGAAGAUUUGACUGUUGGAAGACAUCCUUUAUCAAAAUCAACUUCCUUGCUUACUGAAUCCAUAUUAUCUAUUCAGUGGGUAAGUAAUCAAUUAUUAGGGUUAUUGACUAUAUCACAUCAAUUUUUUCUCGUUGAUAUUAAAUGUCCAAAUAAAAUAUUAAUGAAGCUAGAUUUACUGGUCCAUGAUUUAUUGAUCCCACCUGAUAAACAUUUCCACUACCAUAAUACCAGGAUUUAUCUUAUGACUUUAUAUAAUUUUAAGAUUGGUAAAUUUGCAAACUGGUCUGAUUUGAUAUUAAACCUUGUACAGCAGGGUGCAUAUAUCAAGGCAUUGAGAUUAAUCGAGCUUUUUCUGAAUCCAAAUUUCUCCUUGGCACCAAUUUUAAAGUUACAUUCAAAUCAAACUAUAAGAGAGAAACAACUAGCUGAUUCAUUCUAUAAUUUAUCAUUAGCUACUUUGAAACAUUUAUUAGGUGAAAAAAACCGUAAACUCGGUGAUAAGAGGGCACCAUUCAAGGCCAGUUACAAUAAGAUAUUCGACUUAUUUACAUUGGUGCUUCGUGUCUUCUCCGAUAUAGAUUCAAAUUCCAAGACUACAUUAACUCGAUCGUUCUUAGAACAAUCUGUUGACUUCUUUAAUAACUUUACGAUUGGUCUAUAUUUUGAAUCUCUUUCAAAUUUAAUAUUACAAGGUACUAUCAAAUUGAUAUCCCCAACAAUAUUUAAAGAGGCAAUCAUAUUUUAUGCAAAUUCAGGAAGGUUUGAGACAAUACAAAAUUUGGUAAUAAAUUUAAAUCCAAUGACCUUAGACGUUGAUCUUGCUUUUAGGCUAUGCAAAAAAUAUAACCUAAAUCAGAUCCUAAUUUAUUUGUGGAAUAAAAUAUUUGGCGAUUAUACAACACCUCUGGGUGAUUUCAUUUGUCUCUUGACCAAGAAUCCUCAAGAAUGUAUGUUGCUCAAUCAAUCUGCUGAUGAGUCAUUAGUUUUCAAUUAUUUAGGAUCCAUCCUAACAGGGGAACAAUAUCCUUUAACGCAUGUUAUGCUUCCAGUGGAAAACGGUAUUCAACUAAAGGCAAAAAUGGAUUUAUAUAACUUUUUAUUGAGCGGAACAUUGAUACCAUGGCCAAAAAAAGGUGCUAAUAAUGAUGGCGACGCACGAUCAAAAUACAAACUCCAUACUAUGAGGAAAACCGAACUGGAUAAAGAACCAAUAUUUCCAUAUUUUCAACUUCUGUUAAACUAUAAUGUGGAAAAUACGAUAGCUAUGCUCGACAGAGUGUUUGAGGAUUCGAUAUUUAAUUCAAUAGAGGUCGAAGAUUCCUUCAAACAAGAUUCGGAAGGGAGAAUCAUAAAGAUCGACAGAAAAUACAUCAUUGAUUUGAUUGUAGAUAUCAUAAAACAAAAACAAAAACAAAAACAAGAAGAACAUAAAGUAGAACAACUAAAUGAGACUAUGGUUCUUCAUUUGGCAAUCUUUGUGUCGACAAAUUCAGCAAAAUAUCCGCAAUUUAUCAAGUUAUCUAGAGAUACAAUUUCGUUAUUAAUAUCAAUUCUUUGUGAUUAUUACGAUAACCAUUUAAGAAUGGAAUGUCAGAAGGCUAUUGAGUCGAUUCUACCCUUUUACUCUCCCCCGGAUCCCAAUAUGUUUAUUCUAAAAUUAAAAGAACGGGACUACAAUAGGGUUUUAUUUUCUUACUAUAGACGUUCUAAAAUGACCUGUGAAUUAUUGGAAAUGGCAUUACUAUCUGAUAAUUUGAAUAAAGAUUACGAUAUAACACUGGCUGAAAUUUUUGACUUUGUUUUAUCAAAUAGAGAUUCAAGAAUAUCGACACAAAGUCAACGCCUCUCAGAGCAAAUUGUAGCCCACUUCGAUAAAAUUUUAACUGAUAUGGGAACCGUCCAGACAAUUGAAGUUAUUCAAAGGUUUGAUUCAAACUUACAUCAAACAAUUCUUGAUAUAUCUGAUGGAAGGCGACAACAGAAAUACUUAGAAUACUUAGCAGUGAAUUAUGCCAACAUUACAACAGUAAAUCAGGUUACAACAGAAAGAAAUCUGUUUGCCAAUGAAAAAAUGCGAGAAAUAUACACGGAAUUGAGCUGCCAAUAUAAAUCAGAGGAGGAGCUAUUGGCUUGGAUUAAAACAUUAAACUUGAAAACUGUGCACGUAGAUAAACUAAUUGAAAGGUUGCGUUCAUCAAAAAAUUUUGAACCAAUGGCUAUCGUACACGAGAAGCUAUAUGAUUACGAUAUGAUGGUUAAUGAUCUUUUACAAUGUAUUAAAAUAUGGUUCAAAUCAGAUACUUCACAAUACCAGAAAUUACAAAGGUAUGUGAAACUAAUUAUCGGUGUUUCCGAUGAAUCAUCAACGGCAGGAGAAGAGAAAUGGACAGAAUUGAUUGCUUGUUUGAUUACUAUUUAUUCUGGCAUCAUUGAAUCACCACAAUUAAGAAAUGCCUGUAAUAGAAUAUUACAGGAAAUUUUUGUUUCCUUAGUCCAUGCUACCGGGAAAGCGGAAGCUGAAAGAUUCGAAGUCAGAAAAAAUGAUGCGUUUUGGAAAAUCUUAGCCCGAGUUCUGGAACAUAAGGGUAUUGUUCUAAUGAAAGCGCAGCAUGUUAACGGAUUGUUACGUGACAUUUUUUCGGUAUAUACUGUAGAGGAAUGUUUAUCCUCGUUAAUAUUAAAACUUUUCAAUGAUUCUUCGUACUCGCUAGUUGAAAUGUACACUACUUUACUCAAACAGGGGUGGUCUAUCAAAAAUGAUGAAUGUGAAAUCUGUGGGAAGAAAUUGUGGGGAGUUGGAUUAGAUCCACUUAAUUCAAUAAUAUGGCUAGCUGAGACUAAAGAUAUUAAUAUUCUCGAAAAAGAUGCCAUUGUUGAUGAUAUUCGCUCAAUGAGCCUUGAUGUUGUCGUUUUUAAAUGUAACCAUGGCUACCAUCAACGUUGUCUUGAAAAUUUGAAACAAACAAGCACAAAUUUUAGGUGUUUAAUGCAUGAUCGCAUAAAAGAUGAAAGUACCAAAGAGGAGCAAUAUGAUUUAUGA